AUGGAUCCUACGAAUCUGUACCAAAACAGGUUCCUAGGCCUGGCUGCCAUGGCAUCUCCAUCUAGGAACUCUCAGAAUCGGCGCCGGUGUAAAGAACCGCUCAGAUACAGCUACAACCCUGACCAGUUUCAUAACAUGGACAUCAGGAACAACUCCCAUGAGAUGGUAACCAUUCCACGGUCCACCAGUGACACUGACCUGGUCACUUCAGACAGCCGAUCUACUCUAAUGGUCAGCAGCUCGUAUUAUUCCAUAGGACACUCACAGGACCUAGUGAUCUAUUGGGAUAUAAAGGAAGAAGUAGAUGCAGGGGAUUGGAUCGGCAUGUAUCUCAUUGAUGAGGUCUUGUCUGAAAACUUUCUGGACUACAAGAACCGUGGGGUCAAUGGCUCUCACCGUGGUCAGAUUAUCUGGAAGAUUGAUGCCAGCUCUUACUUCGUAGAGCCUGAAACAAAGAUCUGCUUCAAAUACUACCAUGGAGUGAGUGGAGCACUACGUGCUACGACCCCCAGUGUCACGGUGAAAAAUAAUUCUGCUCCC